UGGGCCUUUUGACCCUUAAAACGGCGCGAGAUAACAAUAGCCGAGGAAGUUAGUCCAUUUCUGCGACUUCCCUUCGAAACGUGACCGAAAUGCAAAUCGUGUGUAUGCCGAGGCAUAAACACUGCGGCGAAGUGUACGCGUAAUAGCGUUUAUACAUACCUCCUACCUAUAUGGGUGCAAUAUUGGAACAAUGUAGUUAUAUCGCGACUAUUUUAUGAAGUUAUUUUCUAACAGAAAACUCCAAACGAUUUUGCACUUUGUAACACUAGACUUACGACUGAAAAGUUCCUGAAGUUACUACGAAUUUGAAACCUAUCUGUAGUGGUUACACAAAACUCUACCAAAACAGUAAUAACGUCGUAUCGACUAUUUGGAGCGGCGAAGUAUGAUUGCAAAUUUUACUCACAAAUACGAGUCUCGCUUUGUUGAUGGCUGGAGUUUAUUAGUCAGCCGAGGAGUGCUCCUCGGACAUUGCUAUUAUGCAAGCCCGCCCUUCAAACCCUAAUUAAGUCAAGUAUUGAAAUUGUAGCUGUACCCACUUCACUGGAAUGAAUUUCAAACAAUUGUUAUUGUUACACUCGCUGGCCCACGCGCACGGCUUCAUGACUGAGACUAACGAAGAUAUACUCAUGUACCGACUGAUGACCGACGAGCCUAAUAAAGCCCUGGAAAGUUCGGUCGCGCACCACGCGCUCGUCGUCUACAACCGCAUCUACUGCUCCGGGUCCUUCAUCGGAAGCAAGGUUGUACUCACCGUGGCCAGCUGCUUUCACGAGGAAACAGCCACGGAGACUAUUUACGUCAAGUAUGGAGUUAGAAACUAUAUGGAUAUAGGACAGGUUGUUGCUGUGGUUGAAAAAAAAGAGCAUGAAUUUUUCCAGUACAAAAGCUACCUGGACAACGAUAUCGCGUUGCUAAUACUCAAGACACACGUCAAGUUCGAUUUGGGUGCGAGAAAAAGCGUUUUACUCGCGCCAGGGACUACAGUACCGAACCUUAGUUUUAUCUCGGUAACGGGGUGGGGAAAGGAAGUUAGAAAAGGUCAAGAAAAUUGCAUUCUUGAAUCGGUUAUGCAGCUGAUAGAGCAGGAAGAAUGCGUAAAGACCUACUCAGAUGUCAUCACCUCCUCAAUGUUCUGCGCGAAAUACGACUUACUGAAUCGCCUGAGUGACAACGGGGGCGCAGCCCUAUACAAGGGUAUGAUCAUGGGCAUCUCCUCGUACGGCGCCAAUCUCGAAGACGCGCCUCACAUCGCCUUGUUCACCAACGUUUCCUACUUUUACCAAUGGAUCAAAUUGAAUACUGAGAGGUUGUUGAAAAAACAUUGUUCGCAAGAAGUAAGAGACGUACUGCAUACUGUGAUACCAGAUUACUGAACUGAUAUUAGGUUUUAAUGAAGUAUUUGAGAAGUGGUCUGAA